GUUUUCUGUAAAAAGCCGUUUGUCCUUUUGCAGUUGCCGUAUUGAGCACGUGACUAAACAUGGCGGCGUGCACGCAGAGGACAGGACUGUUACUACGAAAUCUACAAUUUCAGAAUGAACGCAUGUUUUCAGUGUUCUCAGUGCGAUUACAAGCUGUGGGCUCAAGAGAUGAGCCACCCAAAUUCACUCCUCCAGCCAAACCGACGAUUGUGGAUAAAUCGCGGCCGGAAGAAGCAGUGAGACGGUUUGUCAGUCCUGAGUUUAUUCCCCCUCGUCAGCGCACAAACCCACUGAAAUUUUUCCUUGAGCGUAAAGACAUGAUCCAGAGGCGCAAAGUGCUGAACAUUCCUGAGUUCUAUGUGGGAAGUGUUCUGUCUGUCACCAUGUCGGACCCACAUGCCACCAACAACAAUCGGCGCUUUGUGGGAAUCUGCAUCCAGCGGUCGGGUAAAGGACUUGGCGGAACCUUUAUCCUCAGAAACAUCAUUGACGGACAAGGAGUGGAGAUCUGCUACGAGUUAUACAAUCCUCAGAUUAAGCGCAUUGAGGUGUUGAAACUGGAGAAGAGACUGGACGAUAACCUGAUGUAUUUGAGAGACGCUCUCCCAGAAUACAGCACCUUUUCCUUCGACAUGAAGCCCAUUCACCUCCCACUGACGCAGGACGUUCCUAUCAAUGAGCAGAAAGUGAGGAUGAAGCCGCGUCCGUGGUCCAAACGCUGGGAGCGUCCAAAGUUCAACAUUCAGGGAAUACGCUUUGACCUCUGCCUGACCCCAGAGCAGAUGGAGCAUGCUCAGAAGUGGGCAGAGCCAUGGAGGCAGUACGACAUGCUGAAGGAGUACGACACUUCCUUACUAGAGGAGAAGAUCUUCAAGGAAGUGCAGGUGGAGCUUGGAAAGUGAUUGCACCAAACUCCUUCAGCCUGUGGAAUAUGUUUAGGGCAUGAAUGACAUGACCCAUAAAGCUGUGUGUGUUUGUUUCUAUGCAUCUAUCAUUUAAAUACAAGAGGAUUUGUGACAUUUAAUAGGAGCUUUUUGUCGCCCCAGACAUUCCCAUAAUGCAAUGUGUUUGAGGAAUAAAAAUCACAGAAUAUUAUCACCAA